UCACAGAACUAAAAUCUCAAUAUAAUGAAAAUUUAAAUACAUAUUUUAUUUUUUUUGUUUAUAUAAUAUAUUAUUUUUAUUUUUUGUAUUCAGGGUACAGCAUAAACUACCAGGUUAUUAGCUAGUAGUAUGCCAACUCGCACAGGUGACGUACAGCGGAAUAAAGGAUAAAUUAUGCAGUCUUAUUUGAAUUUGAUGUUGUUAUAAUUAAUCGUUCAUAAUAAAGUCCGUUGAUUUUUGUGAGUUUCGCGGAGUUGAUAGAUUUCUUACAGGUAAAAAGGCAAUUUCGGCGCGGCUGAUAGACGCCCGUUUAUUUUAGUCUGAAGCUCAAACUACGCGUUUACGUGUUAUUAGACGACUGUCCGGAUUAAGCGAAGUCCGGACUAUGGGGUCCAGAUUACCGAGGUCUUACUAAAUGUUUUCAAAUAGGUACCGUUCAAUAAUAUUUCAAAAAUAAAAGAAUUUAUAAAAGUAUUAAAUACGGAAACAAACUACACUACCUAUACGAUUUAAACACUUUGACUGAAAUAUUUUACAACACUGGGCGCAGAUAACGUCAUAAUGUCUAGUAUCUACCAGUGGCGUGACGAAGUACUUUAUUUGAGGCACGUGCCUCAGCUUAAAGGGUGGUGGGUGUCCUGGAGACUAGGGGCAUUUCACAUAUAGUAAAUAAUUUAUUAAGUACACACUAAGACUAAGCCGAUCAUUCUACUCAGUUACCAUUUACGUAAAUACGUAAUUAUUUAUAUAUAAUAGUGUCUAUAAUAAUUACUAAUUUAAAUUAUUGUGCCUCAUAAGUUAAUGAAGUUCGCCACGCCACUGGUAUCUACCUAUUGUAGUACCUACCUAUUAAUGGCGCAAAUCACAAGUAGGUACGAGGUACCUACUACAAAAACCUAUCACAAAAUACCGUCUCCCUAACUGUUUAUUUUUUUUUUUUAAUCCAAUUAAAUACACACUAUUUAUUACGAUUUUACCCACAUAACCAGUGUUUGAACAUUUCACGGAACAUAAAAUUUUAAUCUGAAUUUUACGCCAUACUACAAUAAAUAAUAAUAGUGGUUGAUUAAUCCGCUGUGUCGUGAACGUGAACGCGGCGAACGCGUUGACGGGCGGGCGAAUUAUAUUCUGACCAUGCUGUUCCAGACGCGGCAAUCGCGACAAAGCUGUUUUGUUUUUUGCCGCGUUUGCCGCGUCCACGUUGGACACGGCGUUACAACUUACAACACAAUUUAUUGGUAUAAUAGCAAUAAUUGUGGCGUACGAGGAAAAUCCGAAAAUGAAGAGAUAACACAUUGAGUUUAUUAUUGGUUAUUGAAUCGAAAGGCAUAUACAGGGUGAUCCGUUUAACGUAAGACACUUUAUCGUUUAACCAUAUUAUACUGUAGUCUGUUCAGGUUAAGAUUGAACCGGCUUCGCGCGUGCAGACUGAGCGGCCGAAUACUGAAUAGUGCCUGACCGCCUAUGCGAUGGCUAUGCGUUCUGUGAUUGACCGACAGUCAUCGCCGGCCGUCGUCGCCGGUGCUGACCGCAGUGCAUACGCUCGCAUCAAAGGAUAUUACGCGCAAAUGUUAAAAGUGUGUACGCGACUUAACCCUGUAGUGAAGAGAACGUGACAAUUAGAUAAACGUCAGAAGGUCGGUCGUGCUGUGGCGGUAGACGUCGGUGUCGUCGGUGGUCGGUCGUGCCGAGGGCAUCCCGGAGGCACGGGACUGUCUAGGCAAUGGAGACGCGCGUGAAGUCUCGAGGAGAGUCGUUACCGGAGAGGGGGAGUCGAGUCCGGCGGCAGGCACGCCGCGACGUCCGUGGAAACGCCGCGAGUCUAGACAUGACGGACGCGGGUCGGGGUCGCCAACCGCAGCAAAGGGAGUACUGUGGUGACGGCUCGCCACACCAUAAUAAUAACAUUAUUAUAUACGUAUACAACUACAGUAUUAUAAAUUGUUUAUAGUAAUUAUUAUAUUUGGCAUUUGCGCUAACAGCCUUUAACGAUAACGAAAUAAUAUGGUCCGAAGUUCACAGUUCGCUGCCUGCCGAUCGCACUCACACACUAAAAUAUUAUAGUCACACGCACAAUCUCAUACGCAGCUGUCUGCCCGUCUGUCUUUCCAGAAUUAUUUUCGUAUUGAUAUUUGCGUGUGUUCAAUUGUAUAUUAUAAUAAUAAUAUAAUAUUGCAUUGUACUCGUUAGUCGUUACUUAGUCGUUACUUGUUUGGAGUGUUGGACGUUAGUAUUUGCGCCGAUUGCCGAACCGUCUGCUCAAGCCGCACUGUUUGUCAGUUUUUUAGGCCUUCAAAUCCUGAACUCAAUAUACCCACAACUCACAAUGCAAAACGGAACGCAAAUACCAGAAUCCGGAAAAUGUGAAUCAGCUAAAUACGAGUACAAAAAAACAUCUUAUGCGGAGUUAUGUGAAGUAUUACAAUCCUUACGCAAAGACGAGAUUUUUUGUGACGUUAAACUUGAAACGGACGAUAAAAAAAUAAUAUUCGCACACAAAGUGGUUUUAGCAUCGGCUUGUCCAUUUUUCCAUGCAAUGUUCACAAAUUUUGCUGAAAAAAAUUAUGAUCUUGUUACUAUGAGACAGUUAAAUUCUACCUGUUUACAGCUGUUGGUAAACUUUAUUUAUUCAGGGAAAAUCGUGAUCACGGAAAAAAAUGUCCAGGAUUUGUUAUCAGCUGCAAAUCUGUUACAGUUACAAGAAGUAAAAGAUGCAUGUUGUGAUUUUUUAGAGACACAACUCUGCUCUACAAAUUGUAUCGGUAUAAACAAAAUAGCUGAUUUACAUAGCUGUAUGAAAUUGUUAACAAAUUCAGAAUUAUAUAUUCGACAACACUUUUCUGAAGUUGUUGAUGGUGAAGAAUUUCUAUCCUUAUCAUCCGAAGAAGUGAUUAAGUUGAUCUCCAGUGAUAAACUUAUAGUUCCAACUGAAGAAAAAGUAUAUGAAUGUGUUAUUCGAUGGGUAAAACAUGAAUUGGGGACGAGAAAAUGUAUUUUGCCCCAAUUAAUGGAACAUGUACGUUUAUCAUUAGCAUCGAAACAUUACGUAUUAAAAAAAGUAGUUGAGGAACCUCUUAUUAAGAAUUGUCUAGAGUGUAAUCAUUAUGUAUUUGAGGCAUUAAAUUUUCAUAUACUCAAGUCAGAAGAGCUUAUUCCACAAAACACUCGGAAUAAACCUAGACAUGGAGAUCAAGUUAUUUUAGUUGUCGGUGGAAGAUUUGAGCCUGAAUUAUAUGAGUAUACAGAAUGGUACGACCCAAAAAUGGACCGAUGGCGUUAUGGGCCAGAAUUGAUUAUAAGCCGUGGAAAAGCUGGUCUGGCAACAGUGAAAGAUAAUUUAGUGUUUGCCGUGGGUGGUGUUGAAAAUUUUGAUAAUUCUCUUCGAUCUGUUGAGGUCCUAGAUUUAUCAUCAGAAUUACCGUGUUGGAAACCAACUGUUGAGAUGUUAAAUGAACGACAGUAUUUAGGUGUUGGUGUGAUAAAUGAUUAUCUAUAUGCCAUUGGCGGAUGUCAUGAUGGUGAUAUUCAUAACAGUGCAGAAGUGUUCAACUACAAAACUCAAGAAUGGCGUAUGGUAUCUAGUAUGGCUACUGGAAGAUCUGGUUUAGGGGUCGGAGUACUGAAUGAUCUAUUAUAUGUGGAUUUUUUUCUAGCGUGGGAGAUUUUCAUUUCCCUAUUUGUAUCAUGAACAUUUUGUAGGUAGGUGGAUAUAAUCAUUCAUCAAUGGAUGGUUUAGACACUGUUGAAUGUUAUCAUCCCAAUUUUGAUAUGUGGACACCAGUCGCAAAUAUGUGUGUACGCCGCAGAGGUGCUGGAGUUGGAGUAUU